AUGGGGAUCGUGAAAACAAAGGCGUUGGCCAGGAGCUACGUGUGGUGGCCGGGAGUGGACGAGGCGCUGGAGGCGGCGUGCCGCGCGUGUGCCGUGUGCGCCAGCGUGGCCACCGCGCCGCCUGCGCAUGCGCCCUGUCCGUGGCCCUGGCCUGACCGCCCUUGGUCAAGGUUACAUGUUGACUUCUUAGGUCCAAUCUCAGGCAUGACAUAUUUAAUCGUGGUGGACGCUUGUUCAAAAUGGAUUGUGGCCAUUCAAAUGAAAGGUACUACAGCGGGGGCGGUGACAGCGGAGCUGCGGAAGAUGUGGGCUAGGUUCGGAUUGCCUAAACAAAUUGUUAGUGAUAACGGACCACCCUUUGCAAGUACUGAAUUUGAAACUUUCUUAAAAAAAAAUGGCGUAGAUCAUAUUUUCUCCGCGCCUUACCACCCAGCGUCAAAUGGUGCGGCGGAAAACGCAGUCAAAAUUUGUAAACGCACAAUUAAAAAAGCUCUUAAACAAAAACUUUAUGUUGAAACGGCUUUAAGUAGGUUUUUGAUAGCAUAUAGGAAUACUGAACAUUACACAACGGGGGACAGCCCGGCUAGAAUAUUACUAGGAAGAAGUCUUAGAAUGCGUUUAGAUAAAUUGAAGCCUGAUAGAUCCAGUCGGGCGAGGGAAAUUCAGCGGCGGAGGAGUGAGGCAGACGCGGGGGACGACAGUCGCAGGCACCGCCAGCUCGCGGCGGGCGAGAGUGUGUGGUGCCGCGACUACCGCUCCGCGGACAAGUGGCUCUCGGGUAAGGUCAUAGACAAAUUAGGGAAUACUGAUUACUCCGUCAAAUGCGAUAAUGGACUCGAGGUACAUAGGCAUAUCGACCAAUUAAGGCGUAGGGUGUCUGAUGUAACCUUAGAUAUACGUACACCGCAAAUACCUACCGUUCGACGAUCUAGUUCGUUGAUAAUACCCGUUGAGGAAAAAGACGAACCGGAGGAGGGCCUGGAGGAGCUUGCAGAAUUGACGACACCGGUGUCACCGGCCGCCACGCAGGCGGCAUCGGCUACGACAUUAAGCUCUCAAACACCACCCAGUGUGUCGGAGAACAGGACUUGUGUAAGCCGACCACGAAGAGUGGUUAGGCCUCCUGUUAGAUAUGGUUUUGAUGAUUAUGCUUAA